AUGGAGGCUGCUGUAACUCUGGUUGUGUUGGCCGUCGCCCAGGCCUUCCCUGGCAAUUAUGGUCCAGUAUACGCCUCUGUCCCUAUACCAUACGGUUUCAACUACGCUGUGAACGACGCUUACAAGGGAACCAAUUUCGGCCAGACUGAGAAGUCCGACGGGAACAGCGUGUGGGGAUCCUACACCGUCGCCCUCCCCGACGGUCGCAAACAAAUUAUUGACUACACAGCUGACCACGGCAGAGGAUUCGUGGCCAAGGUCAGCUACUCCGGCAAGGCUCAGCACCCCAAGGUUUCCGGUCCUGCCGUCGUCUUCCCCCAAAAUGGUGGCGGAUAUCAUUAAAUGAGAAUUCAUGCGACUUUGCUUGUUUUGCAAAUAUAUUGUUACUAUUCAUACUACGAAUAAAAAAAUAAUCGUAUGUAUCAGCAUUAUUUCCACAUCGACAUCUACAA